AUGGCUUCCCAAUCAUCGCAAAUUCCCGUCAAGCCAAUUAAACUUUACACCACACAAACUCCUAACGGCAUCAAGAUCUCCAUUGCAUUGGAAGAGCUGGGCUUACCGUACGAGAUCUUCAAGCAUGAUUUCGUCCAGCGAACACAAAAGGAGCCGUGGUACCUAGAAAUCAACCCGAACGGGCGCAUUCCAGCCAUUACCGAUACACUGGACCAUGAAGAGAUCCACGUGUGGGAAUCUGGUAGCAUUUUGAAAUACCUUGUCGAGCAGUAUGACCCUGAGUUCAAGCUAUGGUAUCCUCCCAAGACUAAAGAGAAUUACGAGCUCUUUAACUGGCUAUUCCACCAGAUUGGUGGGCUUGGUCCUAUGCAGGGCCAAAUGACACAUUUCAACCGUCAUGUGCCGGAGAAGAUCCCAUAUGCUAUCAACCGCUACACGAACGAGACGCGUCGUCUUUACAAGGUUCUGGAAACACAAUUGACCUCCAGCAAGAGUGGCUAUGUCCUGUCUAAGUUUACGAUUGUUGAUAUUGUUUAUUGGAGCAUGGUCGCAGCCUCAGGCUGGGCAGGAGUAGACCUUAAUGAAUUCCCCGCCGUUUCGGAGUGGUAUCGCAGGCUUCUAGACCGUCCUAGUGUAGCCAAAGGGAUGAAUGUACCUGAAAUACACCCAGUUCAGGCCUUGAUGGAUGACAAGACAGGAGAGAAAGCAAAGCAAUUUGAAAAUUACAGUCGGAGCUGGGUACUUCUUGGCAUGCGUAAGGAUGAGGAAGCGCUCAGAAGUAGUGAGUGA